AGAUGCUUUGUUUUCGGCAAUAUUUGGUUUCUAAGGGUUUAAACACGAUCUUGCCUACAACAAAACUGUAACCAGAGAUCUCACUUCGAUUCUUUUUGGAAAAGAGACAGUGUUCUUUCGGAAUGAAAUACGUAACAUGAAUAGCGAACUAUUGAUAACGCUUAACGAACAAUGUUUUAUGCUUUUACAUUGGGCUUACAAAAGAAUAAUUUCUUUUUUCUGUCUUUUGAAUGUUUACCUACGCAUCUUUUCAAUUUAACAUAAUAGCCGCUUGUAGAAAUUACCAUGAGACUUAAAGCAUGUGUUUAAUAGAAUCCGUAUUAAUUCUUUGAUACGUUUGCUCUUAUUUAUUUGAAUUUUAUUUAAUUUUAUUUAGUUUUUUUUUAAUUUUCGUCAUGAGGGAAUUAAUCUAUUGAAGCUGUAUUAAUAUGAGGGAUGGAUGGAUUACAAUAUAUCUUUCACUAUCAGUGAUUUUUCUUUCUUCUGGUCUCGUGUACAGUGCGUGCACUUUCCCCUCUGAUCUACAAGGAAACUGGAUUAGCUCUGACAAGGGUACUUUAAACUUUACAUCUGACACUAUCUGGAAGUAUCCAUUUCCGGUCACUGUUGCUGUUACGGAAACCAAUUUUGUCUGCGAGGAGCAGAGCGGGGAUAAGUACAUGUUAAAAUCUCAGACUACAUUUGUUCUAUUUGGCUACAAUUUCUUCGCAUACAUUUGUCUGGAGCUUCAUCCAAUUUCCAGCUACAAGUACUGGUACCAAGUUGCCAAUGAUAUAGAAACGUCAACUAACCUGAGAGUAUAUGUGGCACUUGAAGUUGCCAAUGUUGAUAUUGCGACCGCCUGCAAUAGAGCCGAGCCAUACGAGACCGCUACAUUCAACACUUUAGUCAAGGAAGGUGCAUUAGAAGGUGGUCUUGUUGAAGCAACAUGUCCGUUUGAAUUAUUUCAUACAUUUUCGAAUGGAAGUUUGACGUCAGCAGAUGAUUCAACAUCAUGUGUCAACACGACGUUGGACGUAUGUACAGAAAGAACACAGAUGCGUGUCACGUACGACCCUUCCUGUGAUGCCUCAUUGAAAAUUUCAAGUGAAGGUAUGAAUAUCUGCUUGUUGGACCAGACCAACGACACUUCCGGCGUGACGUAUUUGCACGUGUGGAACAAUGACACAACAUUGGCCACUGACGUCAUGCGGAUCAAUUGUUAUGCAUUUGAAAAAUCAGGAGAUGUAAUGACGGCCACUUUAUACCCGGGAGCAUGCCAACCUGACCAGACUUCCAUGGUGGUGUCUGACCCGGGUAUAAAAGUCCAGUAUAAAUCAAUUACGAAGGACACAUCGGAAGGUGGACCACAAACUAUUUAUUUUGUUGCAAUAAUUCUUGGUGCUCUCGCAUUUAUAAUAUUACUUGUUUUAAUAAUCUGUAUUAUUUGCAAGACAAAGUGUAGAUGCAUAACAAAACUGUGCAAAAAGAACAAAAUAGGUCAUUCUGACGCUUCACUGACGUCAUCAAUGGAGGACGGUAUGGAACCGUAUCUGCGCGCGAUGAAACGUGUCGACCAACCACCAGGCGUGUUUGUUGCUAGGAAACCAAUAAAGCUUGGACCAAUCAUAGAGCCAUAUUUGGAACCGCCCCCGAAAGUGGAGCUACUCUAUGACGUAGAACCUAGACCAACCAGUAGCAGAAUGAUGUUUAGUAGAUCCAUAUUUCUUAGCCAGCUUAGUUUGAAAUACAAAGAUGACGAGCCAAAUGGGAAUAAUAAUAACAAUAAAAAUAGUGAUAAUAUAUUUUGAGUUAAGAUAUGAAAUGGAUACAUUAUAUUUAUUUAUGAGUAACUGUGCAAGAUAUUUAGUCUUAGGUAUGACUCCUUUGCCACUUUUUGAGUGAAUUUUGUUAUACUUGAAUAAUUUGUUAGAAUGUAUAGUCAGAUAAUAGCUUGUGUUUAUAUCUAAAAACAUAAGAUAUGGUCGAGUUAACACGAAUGUCUAAACAAAGACCUUUGUUCUUCUGUGAAACUCGGUCAUAACUGAUUUAGAUUGUUCUAUCAAUACUGAACAACAUCAUUAACAGUGACAAAAUAAUCCGUGCUUCAUAUCUCAUCAUCCUAUUUUUUGCAAACAAGUAAGCAUGUGUAUGCUUUACUACCUGUAUCGAUUUAUUUUGCUGCAUAUUUAAAUUUAAGAUAUUAAAUUCGGGUCGGAUUCUAUUGCGACUCUGUAGCACAGUAUUGUAUCGAAACGUUUCGAUAACAAUUUUAUGAUGCUAUAAUGAUACAAAUUACUGAAAAAUAGAAUCCGGUUAUUACUAUUACCUUACACCAGCUAAUUUGCUUACUUUCCGCGAGUUUAAUAUUAUAUUGUGGUUUAAAUAGCAUUAAAGAUAUCCAAUGUGUAUUUUCACUUAAAUAAUGUAAAUCACUGACAAUGGAACAUGAAUAUGAAUUGUCAAAUUACAUAGUUAAUUUGGUUACUUCUCGCGAUUUACUGUUAUUUGGUGGUUUAUAUACCAUAAAAUAUAUCCAUUGUACCUCUUACACUAAAAUGGUUUAUUUUUCGGUACUAACUUAAAAUGUAUACCAUCCACAUGAAAUCAAUUUAACUUGAUUUAUUAUAUACGUUACUAUAAAUAGUAACAAAAAGGCCGUUUAAAACGGUCGUUACGGCCUCGAUUGACGAAUCCAUAAUGGCGCAGUGCGCCUCACGCGCCAUAAUCAUAAUGGCCCCGGGUAACCGGAACGUAAGCACGUUCUGACGUUGACGUCAUGUAGGAAAGUCAUUAUGGCGGGUGUAAGGGUGCGAAAGCAUUUUCAGAUCGAUUGUCAGAUAUUGAUGGCACUGUUGAUGAAAAAAUCAAUACAAAUGAUGCUUAGGCCCUAUAAGUUUGUAUAAAAAUAUGUAAAAUGAAAGCACCAAGAUGAAUAUGAAGGGAAGGUAUAUAAUAAAAAGAUCAAUAAACGGCUUGGUUGUGCCUUCUAGCCAUAAUGGCACAGCCAGUUUCACAAUUAUGACACUGGGUGUGCCAUUAUGGCAAGAAGGCACAACCAAGCCGUAUAUUAACCUCUUAUUAAUGUAUAAACUAACUGUAUUUGUUUAAUUACAUUUACAAUUACAAAUAAAUGUUAUGUAUAACAGCCAAUUGUUAAAAAGGCUUCCAUGAUUAACACAUUUGUAUUGUUCUUAGGUAUUCAUGUAUGAGGUGUGUACUAUUUCAAACCUUACACACAACACUCUUUAUACAUAUAAACGUGUCAACUUUAUGUUUACGCAGAUAUUACGAAGUGAUUGUUUACAUUUUCAAAUAUAAAUUUGGUCCAACAUAUCUUUAAGGUAUAAAUGUAUGUCUUCAAUUGCAAUAUACAUGUAAUGACUGGCGGUGCUUUCCUUGGACACUGCAUUUAUCUCUUUAAAGUGGAAUUAUGGGCAUUUUUCAAGUAAAAAUUCAGCUGAAAUAGAUGUGUGUGUAAAAAAAGGUGGAGGAAAUUAUAGCUUUUAACCCAAUAUACCAAACCCUUCCUGUUACCAGUACGAAAAAAUAACUUUCCAAAUAUGACUUUUCUUAUUUUGACUGGGGCAGUCUUUUUGAGAAAAGUCAAACUGCACGCAGGAGUUGCUUCCCUUCAACUUCAGAAAUCUCUACUUGUAGGUAAGGGAGAUCACUGCGUUGAAGAUUGAAGAAAAGAACUAUUAUUUUAUUAGUCCAGUUUCUUUAUUUAUAAAGCACCAACUUCAAAUGCUUAUGCGGCAUCAUCUUUAAUUUAACACAUUUAAAUGCACAACAACCGAAAAUUGCUUUUAUAGAACAUUCACCAAAAACACACUGUGUGCAGUAAGAUGCGCAUAAUGCCACUUUAAAUGUUUUUGAGAAAAAGAUUGUAAUGUGGUUUUUUUUAUAUCUUUUUUACUGUAUUAUCUGUGAUAAUUUUAUAUACUUUUGAUGUUGCAUGUACCAAUAAAAUGAAUUAAUUUAUAAAAUA